AUGGAGCCACUCCCGAAGGCCCUGGAGGUUGAUGAACGGUCUCCAGAAUCCAAGGAUCUGCUACCCAGCCAGACAGCCAGCUCUCUAUGCAUCAGCUCCAGGAGCGAGUCUGUCUGGACCACAACCCCCAGGAGUAACUGGGAAAUCUACCGUAAACCCAUCAUCAUCAUAUCCGUGGGUGGUGCCAUCCUGCUCUUUGGUGUGGUCAUCACCUGCUUGGCCUACGUCCUGGACCUGGGGGAAAAGAGCAGGAACAUCCUCAAGAUGGUAGGGCCUGCCUUCCUGUCCCUGGGGCUCAUGAUGAUGGUGUGUGGGCUGGUGUGGGUGCCUAUCAUCAAAAAGAAACAGAAGCAGAGACAAAAGUCUGUUUUCUUCCAGAACCUCAAGUCCUUUUUCCUGAAUCGCUGA